UCUUACCAUAUCAUUUCAAGACCUUAAAGUACCAAACUUCCAACUCUUCUCUCUUCUCUCUUCACUCUUCACUCUUGUCCUCAUUUCCUCACAAAACCAGUGUCCGUAACAUCUCCACCUUAACGAUGUCGGUAAAGGAGUGUCACCACCACAAGGGAAAGAAGCACAAACUCUGGAGACGCAUCUUCUGGGGCAUAGUGAUCUUCGCCUUCAUCGUGUUGCUAACAGUUCUUAUAAUCUGGGCAAUCCUAAAGCCUUCAAAGCCAACCUUCAUCCUCCAAGACGUGACCGUCUACGGCUUCAACGCCACCAUCCCCAACUUCCUCACCUCAAGCUUUCAGGUCACGCUUUCCUCGCGCAACCCCAACGACAAAAUCGGAGUCUACUACGACCGUCUCGACACCUACGUCACUUACCGGAACCAGCAGGUCACGUACCGAACCUCAAUCCCACCCUCAUACCAAGGUCACAAGGAAGAGGAUGUGUGGUCCCCAUUCGUCUACGGCACUAACGUCCCCGUCGCACCCUUCAACUUCGUUGGUCUCAGUCAAGACCAGACCAACGGCAACGUCCUCGUCCUCGUUAAGAUUGACGGUAAGGUACGAUGGAAAGUUGGUACCUUCGUCUCUGGUCACUACAACCUCUAUGUAAGGUGCCCUGCUUUCAUAACUUUUGGCCCCCAAAGCACCGGGAUUGCCCUUGGCAAGAACGCCGUUAAGUAUCAAUUGGUUCAACGCUGCACCGUCGGGGUUUGAUGUAACCGCCGUCCAACAUAUAUUCAUUCUGUCUUUGCUCUGCUCCUUGCUAUAUUUAGUGUCUAUCUAUAUACGGUCUUUUCUCAUUUCUUUUUUUUAUAUACGUAUUAUUGUUAUCUUCCACUACGUAUUUCUUCUGUAUUGACGGAUCACUUUGUUGUUAGGCAUACGUGCGUGUCUUUGUUACAGCAUUUGGAAUUGUACAUUUUGCUACAGAAUAAACUGCACUUGGAAAAAAAGUAUGUAAUAGAGGUGAAAGCGAAAUUACAAUUUGUAACAAAGAGCCAAUUGAAAUAAAUUAAAACGUUGUUUCAAUUUGGAUAAAGAGAUCGGUGCCUCGUGAAUCA